ACGGUUGGUCAGGGUGAGGGAGAAGCGGCAGCGGGAGGAGGAGGAGAAGGACCGAGUCCUAAUCCGCGCACGAUUCAAUACCAACACGCUCUAAAUACUAACCAGCACCAUUCACAUCUCCCCGAAGAGGAGCCGGCUCGGUGUCUGGUCCAUGUUCGGUGUGAGGACGCGGGAGGCAGAGACGGAGGCCGAUGGGAUCGUAGAUGGAGAGCGCGGGGCGGAGCGGCUUCUCCUGCAUCAUCAAUUAUUCAAUAUUUACAUCAACAUUUAAUUAAGCCAGCCAGCGCAAGCAUGCACCUCCACCAGGUACUGACGGGAGCCGUGAACCCCGGGGACUGCUGCUACUCGGUGGGCAGUGUGCAAGACAUCCCGUUCACGGCGUACGGUUCAGGCUGUGACAUCGUGAUCCUGGCCAGUGAUUUCGAGUGUGUACAGAUCAUCCCUGGAGCUCAGCAUGGGAACAUCCAGGUGGGCUGUGUGGAGUGUUCACACCAGCUCGGACGGAUCGCUGCAUCUUAUGGGAACACGGUGUGCAUAUUCGAACCAGUGUCCACCCUCUUGAACAAGAGACACAAGCAUCUGAACUACCAAUGGCAGAAGACCGGACAGUUUAUGCUCAAUGCCAUGACCUACAACCUGGCCUGGGACCUACAAGGAAACCGCAUCCUCGCGGCGACCGAGCGGCUGCAGCUCUGGGCCCCGCCCACUGCCGACACCCUGCAGGAGGAGGAGGACGAGGAGAAAACUCACCCCGUCCUCAACGACUGGAAGUGUGUGUGGGAGUGCAAGACGGCGUCUGCUGUUCAGGUGAUCAAAUGGUCUCCUGAUGGAGAGUACUUCGCUACGGUGGGAAAGGACGACUGUCUGUUGAAGGUGUGGUACUCCACUCUGGGCUGGAGGUCGGUGAUGGUUGAUGGGUGUGAGAGGAAAUCCCCGUCACUGCAUUUCUCCUUCAUCUAUCUGGCUCAUCCCAGAACCGUCACGGGCUUCUCCUGGAGGAAGACCAGCAAGUACAUGUCCAAGGGUUCGGUGUGUAACGUGUUACUGACGUCCUGUGUGGACGGAAUCUGUCGUCUGUGGAGCGAGACUCUGCUCCCCGAGGACAGUUUACUGGGGGGUCAGAUCACAGAGAACAACAGCUCCACGGCGGCCUUGCAGUUCAGCGGCCAGAAGGAUAAAAUCCAGCACGCUCUGGAGUCGAUCCACCACCUGAAGCAGCUCAGACGGGGUCGGAGAAGAUCCUCGGCGCUGGUCGCUCACACCGAGGUGAUGCCCAGUCAGCUCAACUCACACGAGAGCCACCGACACAUCACCCACCACGCCAGCGCUCUGUGUCACUUCCACAUUUCAGCUAGCAUCAACCCUAAUACAGAUAUCCCAGCAGCACUGGCCGGUGCCGGACUCUUCUCCCCCGGCGAGAGCAGCGGCGGUUUCGUGGUCCACUGGCUGAACAAUAAAGAUCUGAGCUUCACCUCCUCCAUGGACGUGUUCAUGCAGCAGCUGAGGAAGUUCUCCGAGCAGAACCUGGAACAAGCCGCCGCCGACGAGCUCAAACCGGACGGGACCGCCAAGUUCGACUUCGAUCUGGACGAGAUGUCCGAUAAAGCGUCGGAGCACGAGGAGGGCGAGCAGGAGGGCAGCACGAAGGCCUCGUCCCCCGGCUCCAGCAGCAGCCUCCCGCCUCCCUCGGUCCUCCUGGAGAGGAAGCUGGAGGCGCUCACUCUGGAGUGGAACAGGAGUCCCGACAUGCUGUUCACCAUCCACCCCACCGACGGCUCCUUCCUGGUGUGGCACAUCAAAUACCUGGACGAGUUCAUUCCCGGGAUCUUCCGCCAGGUUCAGGUGGCGUUCUCAUCGCGGAUUCCCGUGGCGUUCCCCACAGGCGACGCUAACUCCCUGAGCAAGAACAUCAUGAUGUACGCCUGCACCCUGUCCGAGCGGGACGGCCCGGCCGGCGUGGAGCAGGACAGGAAGUGCGCCUCCCUGGGCACCGUGAUCGGCCCGGCCGUCAUGAUGGUGUCCAAGCACGUGGACGGAUCUCUGAACCAGUGGGCCGUGACCUUCGCCGAGAAGUCGGCGUUCUCCAGCGUCCUCACCGUCUCGCACAAGUUCCGUUACUGCGGUCACCGCUUCCACCUGAACGACCUGGCGUGCCACACCGUCCUGCCCCUCCUCCUCACCUCGUCUCACCACAACGCCGUCUUAACCCCGCCGCCCGGGCAGGACGAGCGCCGGGCCGGGCCGUCCCGCCCCCCGCGGCCGAGCCGAGGCGCCGCCGCCGAGCAGAGGGGCGGCAACGCGGCCACCCGGACCUUCCACGAUCCCAACGCCAUCUACAGCGAGCUGAUCCUGUGGCGCGUCGACCACAUCGGGCCGCUGUCCUGCACCGGGGGCGUGUCCGAAAUCGCUCGCAUCAACUCCCUGCACACCGCCGCGUUCUCCAACGUGGCCUGGCUGCCCACGCUCAUCCCCAGCUCCGUCCUCGGAACGUACUGUAACUCCGCCAGCGCCUGUUUCGUGGCGUCCGAUGGGAGGAACCUGCGUCUCUAUCAGGCCGUGGUGGACGCCAGGAAGCUGCUGGAUGAACUGUCCGACCCCGAGACCUCGAAACUGGUGGGCGAGGUGUUCAACAUAGUGAGUCAGCAGUCCACCGCUCGGCCAGGCUGCAUCAUCGAACUGGACGUGAUCACUAACCAGUGUGGAUCGAACACACAGCUGCUUCACGUCUUUCAGGAGGAUUUUAUUUUAGGAUACAAACCUCAUGAUGACGUCAACAACCCCGCUAACCCACCCUCAGCUGAUGAGCUCCAUCCGGGUCCAUUCUCGGAGAAGUUCUUCCUGGUGGUGAUAGAGAAAGAUGAGGGUGGAGAUUCUGUCCUGCAGAUGUGGCAUCUUCAUCUCAAAUCUGUGCAGGCGUGUGUGGACGACACGGCGCAGGAUCAGCCGUACCAGAACCAGCUGACCGUCCCCCAGGGGUUCGGUAACGCCGACUCGUCCCCCGAGUCCACGCCCGGUCAGAGCCCUCUGCCCCGCUCCAGCUCCUCUGCUAACCUUCAGUCUGCCAGUAAACUCAUCCUGAGCUCCACACUGGUCUACAGCCAGAGACUGGAGCUCCCUCAGGGGGUCCAGGUCAUCCGCACCACGCCCUCCGCUGGUCACCUGAGCUCCUCCUCCAUCUACCCGGUGUGUCUGGCCCCGUACCUGAUCGUGACGGCCUGCUCGGACGGCCGCGUCCGCUUCUGGAGGUGCUCGGCGGAGCCCGAGGAGCCGCCCGCGUACCGCUGGGAGCCGUGGUGCCUGCUGAACGAGGAGGAGGACGACGACAGCGCCCUGAGCGUCACCGGGCGGCCCGUCGCCGUCAGCUGCUCCUACACCGGCCGCCUCGCCGCCGCCUUCAAGCAGCCGGUCCCCGCCGAGGAGGAGUUCUCCAUGCACGUCUCCAUCUACGAGUGCGAGUCCACGGGGGGGUCCGAGUGGGUCCUGGAGCAGACCAUCCACCUGGACGAUUUCAGGAGGCCGGCGAGCACGCUGGACCCCAGGAUCAGCGUGGACAGCAACCUGGUGGUGUACAGCAAGUCCGACCUGUUCGUCAGCGAGCGCAACCCCAACGUCAAGCACUUCGUCCACCUGGACUGGCUCUCCAAAGAGGACGGCUCGCACAUCCUGACCGUCGGGGUGGGCUCCUGCAUCCUGAUGUACGGCCGCAUCUCCGGCAUCGUGACCGAGCAGACGGGCGGGAAAGACGGCAUGGCGGUCGUCACCCUGCCCCUAGGGGGCAGCGUCAAGCAGGGGGUGCGCUCCCGCUGGGUUCUCCUGCGCUCCGUGGAUCUGGUCUCGUCCGUGGACGGCACGCCCUCGCUGCCCGUCUCGCUGUCCUGGGUGCGGGACGGGAUACUGGUGAUCGGGAUGGACUGCGAGAUGCACGUCUACGCCCAGUGGUACCAGGACAAGAAGCCGGCCGACGCCGAGGACGACGACGAGGCUUUCGCCGGCAGGAAGAGCGCCGUGGAGACGGCCGACGACGUCCUGCGCGUGCCGGCCGUCAUCCAGGACGGCGGGCUCUUCGAAGCGGCGCAUUCCCUCUCGCCCACGCUGCCUCAGUACCACCCCACGCAGCUCCUGGAGCUGAUGGAUUUGGGGAAGGUGCGGCGCGCCAAAGCCAUCCUGUCUCACCUGGUGAAGUGCAUCGCCGGCGAGGUGGCGGUGGUCCGCGACGCCGAGGCGGGCGAAGGCGGGGCCCGGCGCCACCUCUCGCGCACCAUCAGCGUCACCGGGAGCACCGCCAAGGACACCAUCGUGGCCGGACGCGACGGCGGGCGGGACUACACGGAGAUCAACUCCAUCCCCCCGCUCCCGCUCUACGCGCUCCUCUCGGCCGACCUGGACACCUCCUUCAAGAGCAAGUUCGCCGAGGAGGGCAAGAUCCAGGAGCGCGAGGCCGAGCGGUCCUCCGAGGACCAGUACGCCGAGCUCUUCCAGGACCCCGCCGCGAGCACCGACGACUUCGCCAGCUUCGCCUGGGCCGACAAGGCCGAGAAGAAGGAGAAGAGGACGCGGGUCAUCGACCUGUCGCAGUACGCGCCCACCUACUUCGGGCCCGAGCACGCCCGGGUCCUGUCCUCCCACCUCAUGCACUCCAGUCUGCCCGGGCUCACCCGGCUGGAGCAGAUGUUCCUGGUGGCGCUCGCCGAUACCGUCGCCACCACCAGCGCGGAGGUGGGCGGGGCCACUAAUAAGAAGUACACAGGUGGAGAUGCUCUGGAUGAGUGUGGACUCAGGUACCUGCUGGCCAUGCGCUUACACACCUGCCUGCUGACAUCACUUCCUCCCCUGUACCGCCUCCAGCUCCUGCACCAAGGCGUCUCCACGUGUCACUUCGCCUGGGCGUUCCACUCCGAAGCCGAGGAGGAGAUGCUCAACAUGAUCCCCGCCAUGCAGCGAGGAGACCCCCAGUGGUCCGAGCUCCGGGCCGUGGGCGUCGGCUGGUGGAUCCGAAACAUCAACACGCUCCGACGCAUGGUGGAGAAGGUCGCCAAAGCAGCGUUUCAGAGGAACAACGACCCCCUCGACGCCGCGCUCUUCUACUUGGCCAUGAAGAAGAAGGCUGUACUGUGGGGCCUCUUCAGGUCUCAGCAUGAUGAGAAGAUGACCCAGUUCUUCAGCCAUAACUUCAGCGAGGAUCGGUGGAGGAAAGCGGCGCUGAAGAACGCCUUCUCUCUGCUGGGGAAACAGCGCUUCGAACAGUCGGCGGCGUUCUUCUUGCUCGCUGGAUCCCUCAAAGACGCCAUAGAGGUGUGUUUGGAGAAGAUGGAGGACAUUCAGCUGGCCAUGAUAGUCGCCCGUCUGUACGAAUCCGACUUCGAGAGCUCGUCCACCUGCCAGGGCAUCCUGUACGAGAAGGUCCUGGGCUGCAGGCGGGACGGCAGCGGGUUCUCCUGCUCCAAGAUGCACCCGGACCUGUUCCUCAGGAGCAUCGCCUUCUGGAUCAUGAAGGAUUACACCAGAGCUCUGGACACACUGCUGGAGCAGACGCCCAAAGAGGACGACGAGAAUCCUGACGUGAUGGUGAAGUCGUGUAACCCGGUGGUCUUCAGUUUCUACAACUACCUGCGCGCUCAUCCCCUGAUCGUCCGCCUCCACUUCGCCUCUCCCGACGGCUCCGAGCACUGCGGCGCCGCUCAGAUCAACCUGAUCGAGCGCAAGCUCUUCUUCACCACCGCCAACGCUCACUUCAAAGUCGGCUGCCCCGUCCUGGCCCUGGAGGUGCUCUCCAAAAUACCCAAGGUGACCAAAAAAGCCGGCGCCCCGAGCGAGGGCCCGUCCUCCGCAGACGUCCGGGACGGCGUCCGGGCGUCCGAUCUGGACUGGAGUCGGCCGGCGACGAAGAGCGACGAGGACGAGCUGAAGCUGGACUGGGGGGAUGAUAAUGAGGAUGAGGAUGAGGAAGAUGAGGAGGAGGAUAGCGGAUUGACCAUGAAGAAGAACGAGGAGGAGGAGGAGGAGAAGGACGAGGAGAAGAAAGCCGCCGACUGCGAGGUGGACGUGAUCGCGGAGCAGCUGAAGUUCAGGGCGUGUCUGAAGAUCCUGAUGACCGAGCUGCGCACCCUGGCCACCGGGUACGAGGUGGACGGAGGGAAACUGCGCUUCCAGCUCUACAGCUGGCUGGAGAAGGAGAUCGAGGCCAUGCAUCGCAUCUGCAACUACAAGGUGGAAGCCCAGAGCUCGGGGGAGCUGGAGAAAUGGAGCGGCGACGUCCCGGCCGAAGCCGACGAGCUCGGGCGGAUGGGCGAGGCCGGGGUGUACGAGCGCCACCUGCAGGACAGACGGAGACUCCAGGCUAAACAGGCCCACGCCGAGAGGCGGAAAGCCUGGCUGAGGAAGAACGAGGCGCUGCUCAGGGUCUUCCUCACCUACUGCAGCCUGCACGGAGCCAAAGGGGGCGGGGUCACGUCCGUCCGCAUGGAGCUGCUCUUCCUGCUGCAGGAGUCCCAGCAGGAAACAACAGUGAAGCAGCUUCAGUCUCCGUUGCCGCUGGCGACGACGUUGCCGCUUCUCUCGGCCAGCAUCGCACCGACCAAAACGGUCAUCGCCAAUCCGGUGAUGCACCUGAACAACCACAUCCAGGACAUACUGUACACCAUAGUGCAGAUGGAGGCUCCGCCACACCCCGACGUACAGGAUAACCGGGUGAACGCUCUUCACACGCUGGCAGCGUCUCUCUCGGCUUGUAUUUACCAAGCGCUGUGUGACAGUCACAGCUACAGCAGUCAGUCGGAGGCGAACCAGUUCACAGGGAUGGUGUAUCAGGGCUUACUGCUGAGCGAGAGGAGGAGGCUCCGUACGGAGAGCAUCGAGGAGCAGGCCACGCCCACCACCGCCCCCGCGCUCUGGCCAGGCGUGGCGUCUCUGAUCAGUCUGCUGGCCAGCUCUCAGGGCGAGGACCAGCCCCGGCUGAACGUGAUGCUGUGCGAGGCCGUGGUGGCCGUGUACCUCAGCCUGCUGCUGCACGGGCUCGGCACUCACUCCACCAACGAGCUGUUCCGCCUGGCCGCGCACCCGCUCAACACCCGCAUGUGGGCCGCCGUGUUCGGGGGCGGGGCCAAGAUCAUAAUCAAGCCCAAACGAGCCCCCGAGGUCACGCCAGUGGCCCCGCCCCCGACCCCUCCCGCCGAGGAAGUGGAUCGCCAGCGCCGGAGGUUCAACAUGCGCAUGCUGGUCCCCGGUCGCCCCGUCAAGGAGACCCCGGCCACGCCCCCUCCCAUCCCCACCGAGCGCCCCGCCUACAAGGAGAAAUUCAUCCCGCCGGAGCUCAGCAUGUGGGAUUACUUCGUGGCAAAACCGUUCCUGCCUCUGUCAGACAGCGGCGCUCUAUACGACUCGGACGAGAGCGCUGAUGAAGACGAGGAUGACGAUGAUGACGGCUUCCUGUCCGACACUCAGAUGACCGAGCACAGUGACCCCAACUCAUACAGUUGGUGUCUGAUCCGAUUUGUGAUGGUCAAACUUGCUCUGCACAACGUGAAGAACUUCUUACCCAUCGCAGGACUCGACUUUACAGAUCUCCCGGUCACGUCUCCUCUGUGUGACUCCGUACUGAAGUGUUUGGAGAACUGGGAGCAGCAGCUGCUGGACAGGAUGAACAGGUUCGACGGUCCCCCCCCCAACUACAUCAACACCUACCCCUCAGACGCCAGCGCGGGCGGCGGUCCUGCCGCCCUGCGCCUCAAAGCCAUGCUGGAGCCCGACAACACACCCUUCAGGGCGAGGCACCGCCUCUCCUUCCCCGCCCGCCGGCUCUGGCACUUCCUGGUGAAGCAGGAGAUUCUGCAGGAGACCCUGAUCCGCUACAUCUUCACCAAGAAGAGGAAGCAGAGUGAGGUGGACACUCUCUCACACAACUGUGUAGCUGGAGGUCGCAAAGGCAGCAAGGUGGAGGCUGAUCUUGGCUAUCCUGGAGGCAAGGCCAAAAUUAUCCACAAGGAAUCUGAUAUCAUCAUGGCUUUUGCCAUCAACAGGGCGAACUGCAGUGAGAUCGUUCUGGCCUCCACUCACGAUGUGCAGGAGGUGGACGUCUCCACCCUGCUGGCGGCGCAGCCCUUCACCUGGAUCGGAGAGGAUUUCGACAAAGACUCGCGCAGCUCUGAUGACGACUAUCGGUCCUCUCACACCAACAUCGCCCAGGCAAGCUCCGCCCCCUUCGCGCCACCUCCCAUGUCCGUCUCGGCCUCCAUGCCAUGGCUUGGCAGUGGACAGACUAGCAUGGGCGCUAGCGUGAUUGUCAAGAGGAACCUGAACAAUGUGAAGAGAAUGACGUCACAUCCCAUCUACCAGUACUAUAUGACCGGGGCUCAGGACGGCAGUGUGAGGAUGUUCGAGUGGAAUCGUCCACAGCAGCUCAUCUGCUUCAGACAGGCAGGAAACGCCCGAGUGACCCGACUCUACUUCAACUCACAGGGAAACAAGUGUGGUGUUGCAGACGGUGAAGGCUUUUUAAGCCUCUGGCAAGUGAACCAAACCUCAUCCAACCCCAAACCGUACUUGAGUUGGCAGUGCCACAGCAAGGUGUGUGGUGACUUCUCCUUCAUCACCUCCUCCAGUCUCAUCGCUACCGCCGGGCACUCCAACGACGGCAGGAACGUGUGUCUGUGGGACACACUCAUCUCCCCCAGUAACACCAUGGUGCACGCCUUCCCGUGCCACGAGAACGGAGCCACGGUGCUGCAGUACGCCCCCAAACAGCAGCUGAUCAUCUCGGGCGGGAGGAAGGGCUUCGUCUGCAUCUUCGAUAUCAGACAGCGGCAGCUCCUGCACACCUUCCAGGCUCACGACUCCGCCAUCAAAGCGCUAGCCCUGGACGCCAGCGAGGACUUCUUCAUCACCGGAUCGGCCGAGGGGAACAUGAAGGUUUGGAAGCUGGCGGGUCACGGACUCAUGCACGCGUUCAGCAACGAGCACGCCAAGCAGUCCAUCUUCCGCAACAUCGGCGCCGGCGUGAUGCAGAUGGAGACGCGCCCGGGCAACCGCAUCUUCACCUGCGGCGCCGACGGGACGCUGAAGAUGAGGGUCCUCCCCGACCGCUACAACACGCCCAGAAACAUCUUCGACAUCCUGUAACUCCGCCCGGAGAAUCCGAAAACGCCGAGGGUCUCGCGUUCGACCCUCCCCUUAGAUCCCCCGUCACGUUAGCGAGCCGCUAACCCGCUCGCCGUUAGAGUGUUCUCAUGAGAAAGCUAUGCAUGUGCUGAACUCGUCACUGCGGUGCAUUUUGCCAGAGUGUUUUACUGUGUACGUGUCUGUCGUCCAGUCUGUGCCCACGUUAGCGUCCUAACUCCGGCGCUGUGCUUCAGUAGCCGUCGCUCGCUCACUCGGUCGCUAGCCUAGCCGGUGGCCCCGCCCAGUCUGUCUGUAAAUCCCUCUUUUAUUUACGUUUCGUUGGUCCGGUAGAGAGAACGCUCAGACCUGCAGCUUAGCAGAACGGAUUUUUAAAUCGUAUUUAUUUAUUUAUUUAUUCGAGCGUCCGGACUCACCUGAUCAAAGCAAAGUGGAGAUAAACACCUGAAUGUGCUUUCUGAGCUCCUGGAUGAACGUCGCGGCAGGUCGCUGAGGCUAAUGCUAGUUCAGAAAUAUCGCUACGUUUGCUAAUUGUUUUUUUUAUUUGCUCAGGACUUGUUAUUAACCGCACAGUUUCACACCUUUUGUUGCUUUGAUGGUUUUAUUAUGGUUCUAAAGGGCAAAAUAUACUUUCACUUUAAAUUAUAUGUCCAAACGUUGUCAUUCCGUAACCCAGGCUGAUCUCUGACUCUAUUCUCAUACUAGCAUUCAAAUACCUCCCUUAUUGUCAUUCUGUAACCCAGGCUGAAUCUCUCACUCUGUUUUCAUAUGUGCAGUUUAAUUCCUGCUUAACUGUCAUUCUGUAACCCAGGCUACAUUUCUUACUCUAUUCUCAUACUAGCAUUCAAAUCCCUCCCUUAUUGUCAUUCCGUAACCCAGGCUGAAUUACAUUCACAUUUUUGGCAUUUAGCAGACGCUUCUAUCCAAAGUGACUUACAGUUGAGACUGUAUACAAUCUAAUCAAUUAAGGGUUAAGGGCCUUGCUCAAGGGCCCAACAGUUGCAACCUGGCAGUGGUGAGGCUUGAACCAGCAACCUACUGAUUACUAGUUCAGUAUCUUAACCACUAGGCUACAGCUGAAAUUUGCAUUACGGUCUCAAACGAGUCUUUAAGUACAUACUUCGUUGUCAUUCCGUAACCCAGAAAAAAAUCUCUCUCUCUGGUCUCGAACGAGCAUUUAAAUUCCUGCUUCGUGGUCAUCCCGUAACCCAGACUGAAUUUCUCACUCUAUUUUCAUACAAGCAUUAAAAUACCUCCUACAUUGUCAUUCUGUAACCCAGGCUGAAUCUCUAGUCUUAAAUGAGCUUAUAAAUACCUGCUUCGUGGUCAUCCCGUAACCCAGACUGAGUCUCUCAAUCUGUUCCUAAAUGAGCACUCAUAUACAGUAUCUCCCUUGGUGUCAUUCCGUAACUGAAUCCAUCACACUGCUCUGACAUCUGGCUCCGAGCAAUGACAUCGCUGUCAUUCUGUAACCCUCGCUAAAUCUUUCACUUUAAUCACAGGCAAGCGUUUAAAUACCUCACUUAUUGUCAUUUUGGAACUGAGACUAAAUCUUUUACUCUGCUCUUAAAUGAGCGUUUAAAUACCUGCUUCGUUGUCAUUCCGUAACCCAAGCUGAAUUUCUCACUCUAUUCUCAUACAAGCAUUCAAAUAUCUUCCUUUCUGUCAUUCUGUUACCCAGGCUGAAUCUCUCACUCUGUUCUCAAGUGAGCAUUUAUAUACUUCCCUUACUGUCAUUCCGUAACCCAGGCUGAAUCUCUCACUCUAUUUUCAUACAAGCAUUAAAAUACCUCCUACAUUGUCAUUCUGUAACCCAGGCUGAAUCUCUAGUCUUAAAUGAGCUUAUAAAUACCUGCUUUGUUGUCAUUCUGUAACCUAGACUAAAUCUCUCACUCAAUUCUCAUACUCUCAUACAACCCAGGCUGACUCUCUCACUCUAUUCUCGUAUGUGCAAGUUAAUACCUGCUUCACUGUCAUUCUGUUACCCAGGCUAAAUCUUUAACUGUUUAAACCUCUCACUGUCUUCUCAAAUGAGCAUUCCAGUACCUCCCUUUAACCCAGGCUGAACCUGUAUCACUUGAUUCACAUUCAAGCAUUUAAACACCUCCCUCGUCGUCAUUCCGUAACUCGAACUAAGUCUGUAUCACUUGAUUCUCAUUCUAGCAUUUAAAUAUCUGCCUGGUCUCGAACGAGCAUUUAAAUUCCUGCUUCGUGGUCAUCCCGUAACCAAUCUGUUCUCAAAUGAGCACUCAUAUACCUCCCUUAGUGUCAUUCCGUAACUCAGGCUGAAUCCAUCACACUGCUCUUAUACGAGCAAUGACAUCACUGUCAUUCUGUAACCCUCGCUAAAUCUUUCACUUUAAUCACAGACAAGCGUUUAAAUACCUCACUUAUUGUCAUUUUGUAACUGAGACUAAAUCUUUUACUCUGCUCUUAAAUGAGCGUUUAAAUACCUGCUUCGUUGUCAUUCCGUAACCCAAGCUGAAUUUCUCGCUCUAUUCUCAUACAAGCAUUCAAAUAUCUUCCUUUCUGUCAUUCUGUUACCCAGGCUGAAUCUCUCACUGUUCUCAAGUGAGCAUUCAUAUACUUCCCUUAUUGUCAUUCCGUAACCCAGGCUGAGUCUCUGACUCUGUUUCCAUAUGUGCAAUUUAAAUUCUGUUUCAUUGUCAUUCUGUAACUCAGACUAAAUCUCUCACUCUAUUCUUAUACUAGCAUUCAAAUGUCACCCUGUCACUCUGUAACCCAGGCUGAAUCUCUAUUUUUAAAUGGGCUUAUAAAUACCUGCUUUGUUGUCAUUCCAUAACCCAGACUGAAUCGCUCACUCUGUUCUUAUUAAGCAUUCAAAUACCUCCUACAUUGUCAUUCUGUAACCCUGGCUGAAUCACUUUUAUUCUCAUACAAGCAUCAAACAUCUCCCUUCUUGUCAUUCUGUAACCCAAUUCUGUACAAUUUUAAUUUCUGCUUUACUGUCAUUCCGUAACCAAGGCUGAAUCUCACUCUAUUUUCAUACGAGCAUUCAUAUACUUUUGUCAUUUUGUAACCCAGACUAAAUCUCCCCCUCUGUUCUCAUAUGAGCAUUUAAAUACCUCACUUAUUGUCAUUCCGUAACCCAGGCUGACUCUCACAUUACGGUCUCAAACAAGUAGUUAAAUACAUGCUUUGUUGUCAUUCCGUAACCCAGGCUAAAUCUCUUACUCUAUUCUCAUACGAGCUUAUAAAUACCUCUUAUGUUGUCAUUCUGUAACCCAGGCUAAAUCUCUUACUUCAUAAAUCUUUCACGCUGUCUUUUCAUUAGGCAAUUUAAUACCUGCUUCAUUGUCAUAUAGACAGUAGGACAGGUGACAGUAAUCACCUGUCUCACAAUAUGCUCAAUUCAAUACCUGUCCUAUUGUCAUUCCGUAACCCAGACUAAAUCCGUAUCACUUGAUUCUCAUUCUAGCAUUUAAAUAUCUGCCUCGUCAUUCCGUAACCCAGGCUAAAUCUCCUACUUACUUUUCAUACAUGCAAUUCAAUACCUGCCCUGUUGUCAUUCCGUAACCCAGGCUAAAUCUGUAUAACUUGACUCUCAUUCAAGCAUUUAAACACCUCCCUCAUCAUCAUCAGAACCCCGAAUGUACCACCAAUAUUUGAACACGUAGCCGUUCUCGCCGCUUCAGGCUCAAAGUCAUUCCCGUAACCCGUCUCACACCGUCUUGUGCUCAGACUUUCUCAAAGCAAAGUCAUUCCCGCCCAGAGGGUUGAAAAUGUACUUUCGUUUGCUCAAGGCUGCGUGUAUUUAUUUAUUUAUUUAUUAAUACUGCGUUUUACCUCGGUGUUCGAUCACGCGCAGGUUUCUGGGCACAGUGCGUCAGUCAGUCCUGUUAUGUAAACGUUUGAAUGUUUGAGACCUGGAGACGUUAUCAGGGAGCACAAGGAUGAACUAGUGAAAGCUGAAUGUCUUACAGGUGUAUAAAUACACACACACAUAUAUAUAUAUAAAUAAAUGAUAUAUAUAGAUAUAAAUCUAUAAAGGAAGCAGCUCCGGAGCUCACACACACACACACAGCAGACGUGAGGUUUAGUUUAGCGACCGGGCUGCACUAGUCGUAUUUAUUUAUUUAUUUAUUUAUUUGGGUUGAAUAGAUGUGAGAUAUUUAUUGGAAUCUUUGUGUUCUCGUCUGGUCCGUCGGCACCAUGUUCUCACCGUACGUGUGUGUAUACGAGUGUGUGUGUAUGUGUGUGUGUGUAUAUAAGUGUGUGUGUGUGUUGAAUCGAUGGUCCUCUUGCUUCUCGUCCGUGGUGUAUCUAUUGAAGCGGUUCAUGGCGUCAGUGUGAGGAAUCUCCCCGCCCGCAGGAACAGAAUCUUCUGUCGUGGUUAAAAGUUUUACCUUUGUAAAGUAAACGAAUAAAUUUAUUUCAUUUCA